AUACCUUUUAUUUACAAGUCACCACCUCCUCCAACACAACCAACUCCUCCCUCAACACCUCCAUCACCAUCUUCCUCCUCGUCUCCCCACAUUUCUAAUUCACCACCACCACCUUCAUCAGCUCCACCACCUUCUCUCUCCCCUCCUCCUCUUAUUUACAAGUCACCACCUCCUCCUGUACUAACAACUCCCCCAACACCUCCAUCGUCAUCCUCGUCUCCUCCCCAUGUAGCUAAGUCACCACCACCAUCUUCAUCAUCUCCACCACCUUCCCUCUCUCCUUCUUCGCCUUCUAUUUAUAAGUCACCACCUCCUCCUACACAAAUAACUCCUCCCCCAUCACCUCAAUCGUCAUCUCCUCCUCGUCUCCUCCUCAUGUUUAUAAGUCACCACCAUCCACAUCAUCUCCACCUUCUAUUUAUAAGGCACCACCGCCUCCUUUAUUAUCUCCUCCCCCCUCUUUGUCAUCUCCACCGCCACAUUCAAUAUCACCUCCUACUUACAUUUAUAAGUCUCCUCCACCGCCAUCUUCAAUAUAACCUUCUCCUUAUAUUUAUAUAUCUCCACCAUUAUCUUUAUCACCUCUUCCUCCUUAUAUUUACAAAUCUCCACCAUCACCACCUUCUCCCUCGUCUUUCCCUCCAUAUAAUUACAUGUCACCUCCACCACCUUCUCUUUCUCCUCCAACACUUUACAACUCUACAUCUCCUCCCCCACCAUCACGAUCACCUCUUCCCCCUUACAUUUAUAAAUCUCCACCAACUUUCUCCUCUCCUCCAUCAUCGUCUCUAUUACCUUCUCCUCCUCCUUAUGUCUAUAAAUCUCUAUCACCACCUCCUUAUAUUUACAAACCUCCUCCAUCACCAUUUACAUCACCUCCACCUCCUCUUUACUUGUCUCCACCACCAUCAUCUUUGUCACCACCAUCCUCUUAUCUUUAUAAAUCUCCACCACCACCUACACUCUCCUCUUCCCCUCCUUACAUUUGUAAGUCUCCACCAUCCUUAUCUCCAUUUCCUCCUUUCGUUUAUAAAUCUCCAUUGCCACCAACACCAUCAUCUUCAUCACCGCCUCCUCCUUGCAUUUUAAAGUCACCAUCGUCCCCAUCAUCACCUUCUCUUUGUAAAUCUCCACCACCACCUAUCCCCUUCUCUCCACCUCCUUCCAUUAACAAGUCUCCGCGACUACCAAUAUUAUUAUCUCCGCCACCUCCUUCUUCUUAUGUCUAUAAGUCCCCUCCACCACCAUCCCCUUAUAUUUAUAAAUACCCACCACCAACACCACCUAUCUCCUCCUCUUCCCCUCCUUCCAUUUACAAAUCUCCACCACCCUCCUCUCUAUUUCCUCCAAAUAUUUAUAAAUCCCCACCACCACCACCACCUUCUUCAUCAUCUCCUCCUCCUCCAUUAUCUUCG